AUGGCGCAAACACAACCUCAGCAGCAUUACCCCCAACCUUUCUCGCCUCCUGGUCCCUCCCCGUCUCCCAACCCGGCGUCUCCAGUGAAUGGUGGCCUUCCACCUCAGAAGCGACAGCCUUUUUCUCCUCUCCCUCCGACCCAAACACAAUCACCAUAUGCAUCUCCAAGCUUUGGAACCCUUCAGUUACCGCAGAAUCAAUCGCCAAUGAUGAACGGGACAAAUAUGAACGGCACGGCACCGACGCCUGCGCCGCCCCCGCCGUCGGGCACAAUGGGACCUCCAUCUCGCCCGGCAGAGAAAGCGACGGAUGCUGCUGAACUGACGGAUGUUCUGGCGUCCUCUGGUAUUGACGUCAGGGAAGAAGAGGCUUUUCUUACGAGUAGCUAUUCUGGGCCUGGUGUACAGCCUCCACGGGCUCAACAGGUACCGCCUCCCCAGCAACAACAGCAGCAGCAGCAGCAACUACAACAAGCUCCUACCUCUUUUACAUCACAAACCUCUACGACUGGAACACCGACUCCGACAGCAAGCUUCAGUGAGCCUUCGCAGAUCAAAACACAAGAUUCCUACUACACCGAACCAACACCCGCUCCUUACAUAACCCAAAACGAACCGAUCCGCGAGGAUAGCGAAGCGGCCAGGCGCGCGCAGUACCAUCUGCAAGAGCCUUUCUUGCUAACAAAGCUUCUUGAGCAAAAGUUGCAGAGACGCGGCUUCGAACUUGGCGUUCGUAUACCCGCAGAAGGGUUAUUCCAUCCGGUACCGGGCCGCCCACAGCCGAUCGAAGUUACAGGACCAGAUGGUUCAUCAAUUGUGCGGACAGGAAAGACGAUUCUGAACCAGGAAGGCGCGCCGUUGGUGGACAUACUGAAUCUCAUGUCGAUUUGCUGCGAAGAACGGCUGAGAAACGUGGUUGACUAUUCGUCAUCACUUGCCAGAAGCCGGCGCGCACACUCACACGGGGCGGUGCCAGUUGAGUGGCAAGACUUGGCCCGUUCCGCCGAACAGGCGAACGGGACCGGGAGCCCCAAGCCGUCUUCACUCAAACGUAUGACGAUUCAAAGGGACAGAGUUUAUAGACUGUUGCUGACCUGUUCUUUAGGGCCGCAUUCUGCUACCGAUCAAUCAUCGUCGACCCGAUCGCUUCCUGAGAAAUACCGCAUGCUCAUGGAAAAGGAUGUGUCGAAUGAAGAAAUUCGUGCUAAAAAGCGUGCCAAACGCAGCGAAAAUGCCAUCCUGGGGGAGAGUACCGGAAACCGGGCGGAAUCGACGGAGCCUACCGGGUCUACUCCUUCUACUCCCAUUGGGGAGAAAGCUGCUGGGUUCGAUAAGAAGGGAAUGACCAAGAAGGAAGCCAGAAAAAUGGUUGAUGCCAAGGCCAGUGAGGCCCAGCAACACCAGCAAUCCGUUGAGACGGCGCGUAUGGCAACGAACAGCAUGCUUUCCGGCCGGGUGUUCGGUACCAAGAAGUCAUACUCUUGGUUAAAUCGGGGCGGCACGAAUGCCAGUGGAUUCAGUACGCCGUCGCGUCUCAAUGCAGCAUCCCCAAGUACAGGCGGAGAGAAAACCGGCCGCAACGGUGAACCGGCAGUCAUUCCACCCAAACAACUUGGAACAUGGCGGGAAGACCAAGAAAGGGGCGCAGGUAUCCAACUUCGGGACGUUCUUUUCAUGCUGGAACUCGAUGGACGAGGGGCGAAGCAUGUGCAGAAGGCGUAUUCCAAGGAUCUGAAAGAAGAUCGAAUGGAUUGA